CUAUAGGCACACACCACAAUGCCUUGCUUAUUUUUUUUUUCUUAUUUUCUUAUUUUCUAUAUUUUAUAGACAGGGUCUCGAUGUGUUGCCCAAGUUGGUUGGUCUCAUACUCCUGGGCUCCAAUGAUCUGUAUACCUCAGCCUUCCAAAUUGUUGAGGUUACAGUCAUGAGCCACCACGUCUGGGCUGAUAGUUCUUAAGUGUGAAAUUGCUGAACUGGGGUGAGAGAGAUAAUACCUUGACUUAUGGGAAUGUAACUAAUGCCUGAUGAUCUGAGGUGGAACAGUCUUAUACAGAAACCAUUCUCCAUCACCAUUCUGUGGAAAAAUGGUCUUCCAUGACACAGGUUUCUGGUACCAAAAAGGUGGGGGACCACUGUAUAAUAGUAUAUAAUUUUACCAUAAAGUACAUUUAAAUAGAAUAGAAAAUUGUUAGCAUCAUCUUUAACCCUUCAACCAGCAGCCAUAUAUGCUGGGAGUGAAGUACAAACUAAUUGAGCUGUAAACACUGGACAUUUGCUGAGGUGCUGUCACUUUUUAUGUAAUUCAUUUUCUCAUCUGAAGGCAAUCAGCAAUCCAAGUUCAUGUUUCAUCAAAAUGACAUGGACCUUUGAGGUUUUUCAAGAAUAGUAGAAAUAGGGAAUGUUAAAUAUAUUAAUUCUAGAGUCUUUUAUAAUAACGGAAAGUCCCAGACAGGACUUAGCACACAGGAGUUGUCUAAUAAAUAUUAGCUGCUCUUAUUAUAUUUAAACAUUGUCAUCAACAUCAUCAUGCGCACAAGUCCUGUUCAUCUACUCACCAGCUUUAUGGCCUCAGGCCAAUAUAACUUUGUACAUUUCAGAGAAUGUUAAUAAUCUUCUGUAUGCAUCUCACUAAGCUGUUUUGAGGAUCAAAUAAAAUAAUAUAUAUCGUGUGAAGGAGGGAAAAUAAAAUAUGUUGUAUAAAAGUCAUCUGUAAUUGUAAAGAGAUAUAUAGUGGUUUCUUGUUGUUAUAACCCCAAAAUCGUUUACCUCUGUGAUGAGGCUCUAAACAUCUGAACACUUUAAUGAACUGCCAGUAUUGAUUAAGGGAAGAUGACACAUUAAUGUUAGAAGAAGGGAGAAAGCCUGGUCACUAAUACCCACUUAGAAUUCCACAAAUGUAAACAUCUAUCAUUGAAAUGACACUUAAAUUGUAGGGAUUAUUUUUUAUUUUGCCAUCAAAUAAGUAAGCGCUCUCAGAAAGUUUUAUUUAGGGCCAGAAGGGCCAAAAUUUUAAUCUUUAAAUGAACAGUGGUCUAAUGUGUUUAUCCUAGAGAUACUUAGAAUGAGUUUUCUGUUAAAGAGGCACCAAGAAAUUCUUGAGUAAGCCUUAAAAUGCUUGAGCCAGUGUUCCUGGAAUCAGAAAGGUACUUAAGGACCAAACGUAGGACAGAAAAAUCCAUUCUUAAUUUGUCCCUAAAUGAUUUGGCAAAUCAUCUCGCUCUUUCCUUUAACUGUAUUGCAGGUGUUACAGGUCCUUUUUGGUAAUUUUUUUCCCCCAUACUAGGACAUGUAGAAGUCUAGGGGAGGAAAUUUCUGGAAUGAAACGAUGUUGCCUCUAAAUUAUAUGAAGGUAUAGUCUUUGAGAUUGGCUCCGAUAGAGUUAGUUCGAUAAGAAGGCGGAACGUAAUGGUAUAUUUGCCAGCUAUGUACAUCUGUUUACCUCCUGUGAAAAACAGAUCCACCGCUAGGAAGGCAGCUAGUUGUGUGUAUGCUUUGUGUCCCUGUCAUGGAGAGUCCCAUUUGUGGAGAGCACUGUUGAAUUUGAAACCUUUUGUGAAGUGUAGAAAUGCAGAAUAAAGGAAGGAGCUGGGAAUUGAAAAGACUUCAGUGUAUGAGAGAUGCAAGACAUCUCAGAGAUUGAGUGAAGUAAAAUCACAAAUAGAACUUUAACACAAGAGAACAGUUUGUUUUACAAACAAAGAAAGGACAGUUUAUGUAAAGAUUUAGCACUGUGACAGACUCUGAUUUGUGAAGAGACAGUGAUGUGUGGCCAGUGGUUUGUAAUUACAAUCUUGGCAGUGCUAGUUCCAGUAAUUCUAGCUACAGAUAUUCUUAGUGAAACUCAGCAGUUUUAGAGGAAAGGAAUUGUAAAGUGCUCAGAUUUUCAGCAAAAUUUUCUUGAAAUGGACUAAGAAAGAUUAGUUGUGAGCCAAUAUGAAUAAUGCAAGAAAGAUAAAUAAAGCAUACAGCUAUUAUAAAGGAGAAGCAGUUUACAAUAUUUGUAGAAAACAUGAUUGUAUACUCUGUGCUAUUAAAGCUUAACUCAACUAUAUAGAUAAUUAUUCUGAUUCAGUGGCAUUUAGAAAUAGAAUAUGGGAAUAUUAUAUGAGAAAAGUAUAUUCCAAGUUGCAACUGAAAAUAUAAAAUAAUAGCUUAUUACAGGUUACAAAAUAAGUCUUAAGUGGAAUGAUGUAUAAAAUUCCUUCAGAAUUUAAUUAGAUGUUUCAUUGAAUUCCAGUCUCAAUUUUAUCUGGAAAAAAUAAAGGAAAUAAUUAGAAACUUAAGAAGGAAUAAUGAGAGCAAUGUCCUGUUCAGAAAGUGAAGUACAUUAUAAUAUUAUAACAAUUAAAACAGUGUAAUGCCAGCUCAGCAACUGAUAGAAAUAUCAGGGGGACCUAGUGGGACCCCUGAACAAGCUCCAAGGACGGUGUGUUACGCAGUUUCUUCUGGAGACUCUUCAAAUUCCCAGAAGUGCUGUUAGCCAUUAGAGGGAGUAAGUAUGGGGGUCCAAGCUCUCUCAUCUCCAGCUGAACAUGAACAGCACUCUGCAUUUGUGUGUUUUAUAUAUUGGGUUCCCACAUUUAUAUUUAAGUUUCACAUUUUGAAAAGUUUUCAUUGCCCUACUAUUGACAUAUGGUAGAGGAUGCCUCACUAGCCAUGUGUGGCAUAUGAAACAAAUUAUGUUGGGGAAAUGAGGCUUACUAUUGGGAGGAGGGGGCAGAUGUUAGUAUUUCACCUUGGCACAAAAAUAUAAAUUCCAGAUGAAUUAAAAAAUAGUACUUGAAAGAAACACUUGUAGGUAUUUGCAUGCUCUCUGGAUAAAAGGAAUUUCUAAACAUUAAAGUAGUAGAAGUUAAUGGAAAAGCCUGAUGGAUAGUUGCUUGUGUAACAAUUAAAAAAAAAAUCUCCAGCCAAAACAUCUCAAACAUAAGCAACAACAAGACCAGGCAAUGCCUUGUGGUCAAGAGAUUGUUGGGACAAUGGGCAAUUAGUGUAAAGUUUGGGUCUGGUAGCUUAAGAUGCCAUUGUGCUUUGCCUGUGGCUUGUCCCAUUUAGUGUAUUUGAGUAUGGCUGUCUGUGAGUCUGAUUCAUGUCUCUGCCAUGUGUCACAUUAUUUUGAUGGCAUCAAUGUUUUGUUCUGUGAAGAUAAUUUCUCAUUAUCUUUUGUUCUAUUAAUGUUUACACAGCUCAAUCAGUAAAGCUUGUUUACGCCCAGAAACCUCUCCUUCUCUGUCUCUGUUCUCCGUCUUGCAGGAAUUGAGGGUGGCUUCUGGUGUUUUGUGUGCCUUCCUCAUUUCCUUCCAGCCUCUCAUCCACUUCAUGAUGUAAUUCUUGGCACUUUUACUUCCUUUGUAGAGUAGGAUGUGAUGUCAUAGAGAAGGGGACAGGGCUAUCCAAAUUCUCUCAAUUGCUGGGAGGAGCUGCCCAGGUGUGCUGAGGGGCCUGUACUCAGGAAGAGAAACAGGGAAUCCUCCACAGCACUAGAAAAACACCCCAACUCACCAAUGACAGCAAAGCAGAUAUUGGAAGUCAUUCAGAAAGAAGGGUUAAAAGAAACAAGACCCCGGCAUGGCUUGGAGACAGCGUUGGUGUGUAUGAAGGAUCUUCCUCCAAUGAAGGAUUUGGGACAACUUUCCAUGAUGAUUAUAUUAGAGCCUCAGCUGCUUUCGUGUUGGUCAUGAGGUGAUGCUGAACCGAAUGCUUGAACUAGCAGGAGUGGCUGGGAUUGCAUUGGAGUGGUUCCGUUCAUUCCUUCCGGUGGAACCUCUCCAUUAGCCUGUCUGAAUGCAAUGCUUCACACUAACACUCGAAUAGGGGAUGGAACAUUCUUCAAAAUCCCUGGAAAGUCAGGCCUCUAUGCUCUCAAAAAAGAGGAGUCGUCAUGCCCAGCAGAUGGCACGUUGGAUUUAGUCUGUGAAUCUGAAUUGGAUGGUACAGAUAUGGCCGAGGCAAAUGCCCAUGGAGAAGAAAAUGGAGUUUGUUCGAAGCAGGUAACUGAUGAAGCAUCUUCCACUCGAGAUUCAAGCCUUACUAACACAGCAGUGCAAAGCAAGUUAGUGUCUUCCUUCCAGCAACACACCAAAAAGGCUCUUAAACAGGCUUUGAGGCAGCAGCAGAAAAGAAGAAAUGGAGUCUCAAUGAUGGUAAACAAGACAGUUCCUCGUGUUGUUUUGACACCAUUAAAGGUGUCUGAUGAGCAGUCAGAUUCACCUUCAGGAUCCGAAUCUAAAAAUGGUGAAGCAGACAGUUCAGAUAAAGAAAUGAAACAUGGGCAAAAAUCUCCCACUGGAAAACAAACAAGUCAGCACUUAAAACGAUUAAAAAAGUCUGGUUUAGGGCACCUGAAAUGGACCAAAGCUGAGGACAUUGACAUAGAAACCCCAGGAUCAAUUCUUGUCAACACUAACUUGAGGGCAUUAAUAAAUAAACAUACGUUUGCUUCCUUACCUCAGCAUUUUCAACAAUACCUCCUGCUUUUGCUCCCAGAAGUGGAUAGGCAGAUGGGAAGUGAUGGAGUUUUACGCCUCAGUACUUCAGCUCUAAAUAAUGAAUUCUUUGCAUAUGCAGCACAAGGGUGGAAACAGCGACUGGCAGAAGGAGAGUUUACCCCAGAAAUGCAGUUGCGGAUAAGGCAAGAAAUUGAGAAGGAAAAGAAAACAGAACCUUGGAAAGAAAAAUUCUUUGAGAGAUUUUAUGGAGAAAAACUGGGCAUGUCAAGAGAGGAAUCUAUGAAGCUCACUACUGGACCAAACAAUGCUGAAGCUCAAAGUAGUUCCUCAUGUGGGACUUCUGGUCUUCCAGUUUCUGCACAGACGCCCUUGACAGAACAACAGCCAAAAAGCAUGAAAAGCCCAGCUUCUCCAGAGCCUGGUUUCUGUGCUUCUGUUUGCCCUAUGAUAGAACUUCCAGCUAAAGAUACAAUGGCAGAAUCGGAGUCAGAGGAUAUCUUGAUCCCAGAAGAAUCUGUAAUUCAGGAGGAAAUUGCAGAAGAGGUAGAGACUAGUAUCUGUGAAUGCCAGGAUGAAAAUCAUAAGACAAUACCUGAAUUUUCUGAGGAGUCUGAAAGUCCAACCCAUUCUCAUGAAGAACCCCAGAUAGCACCUCCUGAAGAUAACUUGGAAUCCUGUGUUAUGAUGAAUGAUGUUUUAGAAACUUUGCCUCAUAUUGAAGUUAAGAUGGAAGAGAAGUCAGAAUUGCCCCAGGAAGAAAUGACAGUUGUCAUCGAUCAGUUAGAAGUCUGUGACUCUCUUGUUCCUUCCACUUCAUCUGUGACUCAUGUCAGUGACACAGAACAUAAGGAGUCAGAAAUUGCAAUAGAGACCAGUACCCUCAAAAUAAAAACAGGGUCAUCUUCUCUAGAAGGCCAGUUUCCAAAUGAAGGAAUUGCUGUAGAUAUGGAGCUACAGAGUGAUCCUGAAGAACCGCUUUCAGAAAAUGCCUGCAUCUCUGAAACAUCCUUUUCUUCUGAGAGCCCAGAGGGAGCCUGUACCAGCCUGCCUUCCCCAGGAGGAGAAACACAGUCCACAUUAGAAGAAUCAUGUACUCCAGCCUCCCUUGAGACAACAUUUUGUUCUGAGGUGUCUAGCACUGAAAAUACAGACAAAUACAACCAGAGAAAUUCCAUUGAUGAAAACCUUCAUGCAUCUUUGAUGUCAGAAGUAUCUCCAAUAUCCACUUCACCUGAAAUAUCAGAAGCAUCUCUUAUGUCCAACUUACCAUUAACAUCUGAAGCAUCACCAGUAUCCAACUUACCUUUAACAUCAGAAACGUCACCGAUGUCUGACUUACCUUUAACUUCAGAAACUUCUUCAGUGUCUUCCAUGCUUCUCACCUCUGAGGCCACUUUUGUAUCCAGUUUGCCACUUCCUUCAGAAACAUCUCCAAUUUCCAAUUCUUCCAUGAAUGAGAGAAUGGCACAUCAGCAAAGAAAGUCACCUUCUGUAUCUGAAGAACCACUCUCCCCGCAGAAAGAUGAGUCUUCUACCACUGCCAAACCUCUGGGAGAGAACCUUACCUCCCAGCAGAAGACUCUAGCUAAUUCUCCUGAAGCCAUCAUAUUGAGUUCUUCUUCCAUUGCUCCUGAAGCAUUUCCAUCUGAAGAUUUGCACAAUAAGACCCUGAGUCAGCAAACAUGUAAAUCACAUCUUGACACUGAAAAGCCCUAUCCUGCUUCGAUUCCAGAACUUGCUUCUACUGAAAUGAUAAAAGUUAAAAAUCAUAGCAUCCUGCAAAGAACAGAAAAAAAAGUGUUAUCUUCACCAUUGGAAUUAUCUGUCUUUUCUGAAAAGAUAGAGAAUAAGGGAAAUGAGCUUCCAUCUGCUAAAUUACAGGACAAGCAAUAUAUCUCAUCAGUGGAUAAGGCUUCAUUUUCAGAAGGCUCUAGAAAUAAAACACAUAAGCAAGGGAGUACACAGAGUCGUUUAGAAACCUCACAUACUUCCAAGUCAUCAGAACCCUCCAAGUCACCUGAUGGGAUAAGAAAUGAAAGUAGAGAUUCAGAGAUAUCAAAGAGGAAAACUGCAGAGCAGCACAGCUUUGGAAUCUGUAAAGAAAAGAGAGCUAGGAUAGAAGACGAUCAGUCAACCCGGAACAUAUCAACUAGCAGCCCAGCUGAGAAAGAACAGCCUCCAAGAGAGGAACCAAGGGUUCCCCCUCUCAAGAUCCAGCUUUCCAAAAUUGGGCCACCUUUUAUAAUCAAGAGCCAACCAGUCUCGAAACCUGAGUCUCGAGCAUCCACUAGCACUUCCAUCAGUGGCGGGAGGAACACAGGAGCCAGGACCCUUGCAGAUAUCAAGGCUCGGGCCCAACAAGCUCGGGCCCAGCGAGAGGCUGCUGCAGCCGCUGCUGUAGCGGCUGCAGCGAGCAUUGUCUCUGGAGCCAUGGGAAGCCCAGGAGAGAGUGGAAAGGCAAGAACCCUGGCACACAUCAAAGAGCAGACAAAGGCUAAGCUCUUUGCAAAACAUCAAGCUCGAGCUCAUCUCUUCCAGACCUCUAAAGAGACCCGGUUGCCUCCACUCAGCUCAAAGGAAGGGCCUCCAAACUUAGAAGUCUCUUCUACCCCUGAAACAAAAAUGGAAGGUUCUACUGGUGUCAUUAUUGUCAAUCCAAACUGUAGAUCUCCUAGCAACAAGUCUUCACACCUCCGGGAGACCACCACUGUACUACAGCAGUCUCUUAACCCAAGUAAACUUCCAGAAACUGCCACUGACUUAUCUGUGCAUAGUUCUGAUGAAAACAUACCUGUGUCACAUUUAUCUGAGAAAAUUGUUUCAUCUACCUCUUCUGAAAAUAGCAGUGUGCCCAUGCUUUUUAAUAAAAAUUCUGUCCCCGUAUCUGUUUGCAGCACUGCUAUGUCGGGAGCAAUUAAAGAACAUCCCUUUGUGAGUUCUGUUGAUAAAUCCUCUGUUCUAAUGUCUGUUGACAGUGCAAACACUACAAUUUCUGCUUGUAAUAUAAGCAUGUUAAAAACCAUCCAGGGAACUGACAGUCCAUGCAUAGCCAUUAUACCAAAAUGUAUUGAAAGCACUCCCAUUUCAGCCACCACAGAGGGCUCCGGCAUAUCAAGCUCCAUGGAUGAUAAGCAGUUACUAAUAUCAAGCAGCAGUGCUGGUAACUUAGUCUCCACUCAGUACACCUCUGUGCCAACUCCCUCCAUUGGAAACAAUUUGCCAAACCACCUCUCCACUAGCUCUGUCUUGAUUCCCCCGACGGGAAUUAACAACAGAUUUCCUUCUGAGAAGAUAGCCGUACCUGGGAGUGAAGAACAGGCCACCAUAUCCAUGAGUACCACUGUGAGAGCAGCUCUCAGCUGCAGUGAUUCAGUUGCGGUCACAGACUCUCUGGUUGCACACCCAACAGUUGCAAUGUUUACUGGAAACAUGCUGACAAUAAACUCUUACGAUAGUCCUCCCAAGUUAAGUGCUGAAAGCUUAGACAAAAAUUCAGGGCCUCGAAACAGGGCAGACAAUUCUGGAAAACCUCAGCAACCACCAGGGGACUUUGCACCAGCAGCCAUAAACCGAUCAAUUCCGUGUAAAGUCAUCGUUGACCACAGCACCACGCUGACCUCCAGUUUGUCUCUGACUGUCUCCGUUGAAAGCUCUGAAGCCAGCUUGGACCUGCAGGGCAGGCCGGUGAGAACAGAGGCAUCCGCACAGCCCAUGGCGUGUCCUCAGGUGUCUGUGAUUAGCAGGCCUGAGCCAGUUGCCAAUGAAGGUGUUGAUCACAGUUCCACUUUCAUUGCUGCUUCGGCAGCAAAACAAGACUGUAAAACAUUGCAGACCACCUGCGCAAGUCUCCGAGAAUUACCCCUUGUUGCGGAUAAGUUAAAUGAGCCGACAGCUCCCAGUCAUAACUUUGCUGAGCAGGCAUGCGGCCCAGCUACUUUCAAAAGUGAAGCAGACACAACCUGUAGCAGUCAGUAUAACCCAAGUAACCGGAUUUGCUGGAGUGACGAUGGGAUGAGGAGCACAGGACAGCCUCUGGUUACUCAUUCGGGUUCAAGUAAACAAAAAGAAUAUCUAGAACAAAGCUGUCCAAAGGCUAUCAAAACUGAACAUGCCAGCUACUUGAAUGUGUCAGAACUUCAUCCCAGGAAUCUCAUAACAAAUGUUGCUCUUCCUGUGAAAUCUGAACUCCACGAAGCGGACAAGGGCUUUAGAAUGGACACUGAAGACUUCUCUGUCCCCGAGCUGCCUCCUCCGGCUGCAGAGGUAGCCUCUAGUGUACAACAAACACAGAACGUGAAAGCUUCCACUUCAAGUCCCAUGGAAGAGGCUAUUUCCUUGGCUACUGACACCCUGAAAAGAGUCCCUGGUCCAGGGAAUUCAAGCUGUCGUCUGUCCUCUGUGGAGGCUAACAAUCCACUGGUGACGCAGUUACUACAGGGCAACCUGCCUUUGGAAAAAGUGCUGCCACAGCCCAGAUUGGGAGCCAAGCUCGAGAUCAACAGGCUUCCAUUGCCUCUUCAAACUACCUCAGUGGGUAAACCAGCGCCGGAGAGAAACAUUGAAAUUCCGCCCAGAUCUCCAAAUCCAGAUGGUAAGAGCUACUUGGCAGGGACUGUUGCACCACUCCAAAUGAGAAAGCGAGAAAACCACCCCAAGAAGAGAGUAGCUAGGACUGUAGGAGAGCACACUCAAGUUAAAUGUGAACCAGGAAAAUUGUUGGUGGAGCCAGAUGUGAAAGGGGUGCCUUGUGUCAUCAAUUCUGGCAUGAGUCAGCUAGGACACAGCCAGCCAUUUAAGCAAGAAUGGCUAAACAAGCACUCCAUGCAGAACAGAAUUGUUCACAGCCCUGAGGUCAAACAGCAAAAGCGGCUGCUCCCAUCAUGCAGCUUCCAGCAGAACCUAUUUCAUGUUGACAAGAAUGGCGGCUUCCACCCUGACACUGGUACCUCACACAGACAGCAGUUUUACCAAAUGCCUAUGGCUGCAAGGGGCCCCAUUCCUACUGCAGCUCUAUUACAGGCCUCUUCUAAGACCCCAGUGGGAUGUAAUGCAUUUGCCUUCAAUAGACAUCUUGAACAGAAGGGAUUGGGAGAGGUUAGUCUUUCCUCAGCACCUCACCAGCUAAGGUUAGCCAACAUGUUAUCCCCCAGUAUGCCCAUGAAAGAAGGCGAUGAGGUGGGAGGCACUGCACACGCAAUGCCAAACAAAGCACUUGUACAUCCACCGCCGCCACCGCCUCCCCCUCCCCCUCCUCCUCCCCCUCCACCUCCACCCUUGGCUUUGCCCCCACCUCCCCCCCCACCACCUCCACUACCUCCACCUCUCCCUAAUGCAGAAGUCCCAUCCGAUCAAAAACAACCACCAGUUACCAUGGAAACCACUAAGAGACUUAGUUGGCCACAGUCCACGGGCAUAUGUAGCAAUAUAAAAUCGGAACCUCUUUCUUUUGAGGAAGGUUUAAGCAGCAGCUGUGAACUGGGCAUGAAACAAGUUUCCUAUGACCAGAAUGAAAUGAAAGAACAGUUAAAAGCAUUCGCGCUAAAAAAUGCAGAUUUCUCUUCCUAUUUGCUUUCUGAGCCACAAAAGCCUUUUACCCAAUUAGCUGCUCAGAAAAUGCAGGUGCAGCAACAACAGCAGCUCUGUGGAAAUUAUCCAACAAUACACUUUGGUAGCACGAGUUUCAAAAGGGCAGCAUCUGCAAUUGAAAAGUCCAUUGGGAUUUUGGGAAGUGGCUCCAAUCCUGCCACGAGCCUGCCCGGUCAGAACGCUCAGAUGCCCGUUCAGAACUUUGCCGACAGCAGCAACGCAGAUGAGUUGGAACUGAAAUGCUCUUGCCGGCUGAAAGCCAUGAUUGUGUGCAAAGGCUGUGGGGCCUUCUGCCAUGACGACUGCAUAGGUCCUUCAAAACUCUGUGUGGCAUGCCUGGUUGUACGAUAAGAGCUGAGUGAAAGAUGCAGUAUCCCUUUUCCAAGUGGAAAAGCCAAAUAGCAUCAGCAGCAACAAAUCAAAUAAUGCAGUGGUUUCUAUCUGCUCAUUUAUUUUGCUUUGGAACAGGUCUCUUUUUUCUGUGGCAUUAUUUUCUUGCAUUUCUCAUAAAGGGGAGGAUGCAUCCCAACUGAAUGGCUCAGUGGCAUGUCUUUUACGUGUUCAGUUGCCAUUCUGAGUGGAAAGUUUCUGUCCAUGUGUAUACAAGUCAAUGCCCUAUCUUUGUUUUUCUUUUAACCCAGCUGUAGAUAGGAAAAGGACAUUUUUAAUUACUUAAUAACCAGAAAUGCAGAUGUAUAGAGAGAAUGAGAGGAAUGAUUUAAGGUGGGUUCUGCAUUUUUCUGCAGAUGACCCAUUACAGCAAGGAAUUUUACACUUGACUUUUCUGGACCUAGCUUUACCACAGUGAUUAAAUCCUGUUUAGAAAGGGGAAUCUGAUUUAAAUGUGUGAUUCCUUGUAUUUACUCCUAUCUCAAAAGAUGUAUUAAAGGAGGUAUGCCAUUAAUGAAAUCCACUGUCCUGAUUAUUAUCUUUCCUCCUGUUUUACUCGUUCUCAGAAACUAUGGCAGAAUAUCUGUACCUGCCUUGGAUUUUGUGCACAUAUUAUAGUGAAAUGUGUCCUACAUGUGAAAUUGCAGCAUGGGACUCAUGCCUAGCAAUGUGGUUCUAGCCCUUUGACACCUGAUCAUAUGAGAUCAAUUGGCCAGCCAAUAGCCAUAGGCCCAGAGGAUUUUAGCACUUCCGGUGUGACUUUAAAGAGCAAGUUUGAAAAAAAAAAAAGCCCUGAAAUUCAAAGCAAGGAAAUAAGAUGCUGUUUAUGCACACACAAAUGGGUUGAUAAUGUAUAUAUCCUGUUCACACUAAUGAAUUACUAGAUAUUAAAGUGGGGGGAAUUAUUGUAGCCCUUUAUUGAUGACACCCGUGCAUUCUGGCUUCAGACCUUGCAAAGGUUGGCCAUCUUUUUAAAAGGGUCAUUGAUGAUAAAAGGGACCACCCAAGGGUAAAGUGUCAACAUUUUAUAGAACAAUUGUUUUUCUCAUUAUUUACAGCCUAUAAUUGAACUCUGAAAUAACCCUCAUUUUGAAAAAAAAAUGUUCUAGGUGUAGCGUGUUUUGUUUUUUCCCUCAGGUGUAUUCAGUACAUUCUUCAUAUUGGGGGAACUGCUUUUGAAAAAGGGAUACUGCAUCUUAAAAUUAUCUUCAGUGUGCAUCCAGUAACGUCUGAGUGUUGAGUAUUUGAGCUACAUUCCAUAUACUUUGGCCAGAGGACAGCCGUAGUUCAGGAGGCUCCAUUCCCAAAAGCAAGUUCAGAAGCACAUGCACAUUGUGGGAAGAUGAAAGAAAACAAAAACCAACCACGCCCACUUAACUUCAGAUUUCAGAGCACAAAGUUUGGAGUGCCAUUAACCCGUUGAUUGAUUGUGGCUGUAGAAUUAAAAAAGCAAACAUGGGGGGCGCAGGGAAUCAUCCUUAUCCAGGGUAAGAAUGACUGAUAUUUUCACAUGGGAUUAUCCUAAUCACUGUAAACUUUUUGACAUUCCCGUAAAACACGUCUUAAAAGUUGACUGGAAUGAGCAGAAAUUACAUUCCUGAAAAUAAGAACACUUGUGAUUUUUUUAUAAUAACUACAUGAGAUUAUUUUUUCUCCAUACUUAUUGUGAUGUUGCCAAAUUUGUUUAGGUGAUAGACACAUCAUUUGGAAUAACAAGUUGCUGAUAGUGAAAGGUACUUAGAAAGAAAGAAAAGAAAGGCCUGCUGCUGUAGAUGUGAUUUUGGUGCUUCAAUACUGUCAUUUCUGUUUUUCACAGUAAAAUUGGCAAAACUAGUGACUGAGAAAGUUAGCAAUGCGCUUAGCCAGCCUUUCCCGAGGAAUGCAGCGUAAGUUCCAGCGGAUCCUUAGUUUUCUCUUCACUGCACGCCGGGUUGUAUUGGGGUGGCAUCCUUAUUAGUGGUGUCUUUAUUGUCUGCUUGGCUUUAAUACCAUCCUGAUUUCGAAGAUCAUGCUCUUAGUCUCAUAGUGGGGCACCCCUAUAACAUAGACGCUUGCAUGCCAACUCCUUCCAAAUUCACUCACUGCUAUACCAGUGUCAGAUACUGUCUACACCAGCAGAUUGAAACCCAUCACAUCAGUAACUGACAUGGUGUUGGAAGAAACUCCAUCUACAGAAACUUUGCACUCAGUAUAUGAGGUACAAUUGAGGCUGAUGAGAUUCUGAGCUAAUGAUCAGUUCCUUCCUUGGUGAAUAUUGCUUGCAAGUUGCUUACUGGGAAUAAGGAAAAGUGUCCUUCUGUAUGUUUUGAUUUUUCACAUAACAGGCUUGGAAAAUUAGUUGCUGAUACUGCGUGGAUUCUCUCAUCCAGGUCCGAUUAGCAUAAUUUUUCUGUGUCCUUGCUCUUUUUUGCUCCAAUUCAAAUACCUAGUGUUCUCAUAUGGCUUAUAUUACUGAAAAAUUAAUAUCUUUAAACUAAAAGGGAAAGGAAGAAGAGAAAUUUAGAUGUAAAAUGUGGGUCAAAUAUUUUAUAAGUGUUCAUUUAAUGUAUAUAUACACAAAAGCCAGUAUAUUUGAAUUGAGUGAGUAGGUUCUUAGUUUUCUGAUUUCUGCAUAUGUCUGCUAUGUGCAAAUGGAGUAUGUUAUUUACUACAUGGUUAUUGUGGUGUGGUGUGCAAAUGUUAGCAUGUGCAUUAUCCUGAUUACUGGACACAAUUUUUUUCUUAUCAGGAAUAGAACUUGCACAUGUACCAUUGCAAUUUUUUUUUAAUCACAAAGGAUGUAUUUCCCUAAGUAGCACUUUUGGAGCAGGGGAAGGAAGAAAACUGCUAUUCCCUAAAUCUCCUCCUAUAAGAUAUGCAUAUGCCUGAGGUGUAUAAAGACAUUUAGGUUAGUUAAUGGGCAUGUUAAUAAGAGCAUUCUGAUGCAAAUUCAUUUUCAAAAUGAAAAUAUUUUUUUCUUCCCCAAAGUGAGAAUAGCAGAAAUUUUGGUGAACUGAGCACCAUAGUUAUAUAAUAUUUCCCUGCAAAGGUCUAGUUUGAAGAAAAACUUGAAAACAAACCUAUGAGGUUGAGCCUGGUUACUAUGAAGACUUUGGGGUGGUAUGUGUUUCUGGGAUGGGCUAUAGAAGGUUUAGUUGACUGCUGAACCUUGGAUAUUCUUACUCAGUUCAAAAUAAACACACAAAAAUGAGCUGGUGCAUAUGGUGCUCUAUAAUGCAGUCAAGAGUAAGAAUACCUAUUGCUGUAGCCCCAUUUCCUUUAUAAAGCCUCACACAAUUUCAAAAGUGGAAGUUACUGUGGCCUCUGGUUUCCCAGUUCUUCCACGGUAUAGUGAAGUCCCAGGUUUUAGAAGCUGAAGCCAAGCAUAGGGUUAUAUCGUCUGUAUGGUGGUGAAGCCCAGCACAGCGGUAGCUGCCCAGCGGGAAUGACCCCCUCUGAGCAUGCAGAGCCCAGAGUCACUGUCCAUCUGUGUUCCCAGAGAACAAUUGUGAAGAGUCCUAGAACAGGAACUCAUCAGACUGUCAGGGGCCUAUGUAGCCAAAAUGUUACUGAAUAUAAAAUUCCUGUCGUCUUCAGUCUUCAUGCUUUGUCACUGUAAAGCGAACAAAAAGCAUUUUUACUAUAAUUUAAAGGAGCUGCUUUUUUAUAGCACAUACUAUUUCGCUUUGUACUAUAUUUGAUAGUUGCAGAAUAAUUUAGACUGUAGAAAAACUUUGUUGUAUUUGUACUGUUCUUGAAUGUUUCAAAGAAAGUGCUUUACUUGGUUGCCAUAAUUUUCUUGUACUGCUGUAUUCCCCCACCCCUGCUUCAUGGAAACCUGAUAUGAUACAUAUUUUCAGUAGUUUCUUUUUUUUUAAAUGUGUGUUCGUUUGUAAUUUUUUUUUUUUUGGUCAGUAUUCUGAAUGUUUACAUCUGUUUGACAUUAGCCAUUUAAUGCCUUUUUUAAAGGCGAUAUUACUCCUACAGUGUAACAGCAAAAUGUGAAAUCAACCCAAACACAACAUGCAUGACAAACACAGACUGGGGGCGAAGGCCCCGAACCUACAUAGACAUUUUAUAUCAACAUACAGAAAAGUAAAAUCCUCCUUCAGUCCUCUACCAAAGAAUAUAUUAUUCCCACAGGAAAAACUCAGAAAAGGUGUGUAAAAUCCUCAGAAGGGGGAGCAGUUGAUUCAGUAAGACUGCAACAAUUUAAUACUGUUACGCUUGCUUUGAUACCUGACUAAAUGUGACUGAGUGCAACAAGCAUUUAAAAAAUUUUUAGACAGUGUUUUGUUUAGAAUUCAGGGAUCAUGCAUUCUUUAAUGGUGCUGUUUGUUUUUUUAUUUCUUUUCUACAAAGAAAACAAGUGUUGCCUACAAGUGACUGCUCACAAUACCAUAAGUUAAAUGAAAUGAAAUGUUUGUCUCUUCAUGUUUCUCUGUCUUUCCCUUUCUCAAAAUAACUUGGGUUUCAAUAUUAAGAUAUUCUGAAGAAAAUAAAGAAAUUAAACAUGAAA